AUGGCUUCCAGCCAGCCAACUCUUCUCGAGUACGCUAGAUUCUACAAUGUCGCAGAGGACUCCGCUCGGUAUUGUCCAAUUAAUUAUGCAGAUGACACAUGUGAGCCGGUAACUCCCAUCCCUCCUGUUCAUGGUCUCCACCCCGAAAAUCCAGAAGAACGCCUCAAAGAAAUCGAUCGACGUUUCUGCACCGAGCUCAUGAUGGAGAAGCUCCCAACUAAGCCUGAGGAUAUGGAGCUGCUGAGCGGCUGUCUCCAGCUCGAGUCCGUUAAGGGAAACCUCUGGCGUGGCAUCCUGCCUGAAGUGAAAACAUCUGACUCUAAAGGCGAGCCUCCUCUCCUCACAACUGAGGAUGAGAGAAUUGUGGCUUCGUCCAGGUUUCACACUACCUUCGCUCAGAGUCCGGCUCCAUCUUCGCCUACGCCCUCGGUUCAUCUGGUUGUUCCGAGUGGUCCUGAUGUUCCCGUUGUUCCUAUGAACACGCGGGAUGUCUUUGAUCAUUACAAUUCGGGAAUGCCCCAGCCAACCAAUAUUGACAGUUUUAAUGCGCCUGUAACUGUGGCUGCCCAGUAUUCUAAUAUCUCUACGACAUUCCAUCUUGCAGGAGACGCUUUGCCCCCUAUUGUGGGACUAGAAGGAACCCUUCAUCAAUUUGCCAGUAUUGAGUCUGACCCUGUUCCCUCUAUUCAAGAUGGAGAAAAUGAGGGUUAUGCUCCAAGUGUGCUGAGCUCUGAGCAUCCCACCGAAAGUGAAUUCAGUGCAUUUGUUUUUGAUAACACUGCCCCCGCACCUUCAUUCGAUGUCAGUCCAUACGAAAAGCCGCAACCCCCAUUCACUAUUGUUUCUCCCAAUCUGACAAAAGAAAAAGGAUUCUCCGCUGGCAGGGUUGACAGCCAGAAAGCGCAAGCACCCAGAGCUUUGAAGGGAAAGAAAGGAGCGAAGGCUUUCAUGGAGCCUGUGGCGGAUACAGGAAUACCUUGUGUACAGAAGGGAAUUGUGGCUACCUCUCUGAGUACGCUUCAUGAGGAAACACUUAUUGUGUCAAAGGGCUGUUCGAUUUCCUCAAUCAUUCAGACAGCAAACGAUCAGAGCCUAGCCCAGCUAGUACGAGACUCACAAAAUGCAAACGAUGACCAUGCUUCCUUCAAAACUCCUUGCAACAAACCCCCCAAUCUUCUGGCAGCACCCACUUCCUCAUCCGUCGACAAGAGAAUGGCCUGUGUCGCUCAGGCGGAGCUCUUUCGCAUGAAACUGGGCUACAAAUCACAUCACACCGGAUUGAGGAAAUACCCUUUCAAGCCUUCACAUGCUGUUUCUUCCGUAGACUGUACAAAGACCCCGAAAUCAUCCGCAACGGUGUUUGGUGGCCUCGGAUCUCUCUCCAUGUUUAUGCAAACCAGAGGAAGUGAAGGAGGAUAUGUUACCUCGCCGCAUGAUCCAUCAUCAUUUUCCGUAUCAACAUCCGCAAGAGAAGGCGAGCUCUUAAAUGUUCCUUCACUCGCAGGUGACAGUCCUCCGGGCUCUGAUGAGAAACCCUCGGGUCCCUCUCGCUCGCCGAGCCCUGCCUUCGAACUGCAGGAAAUGGUGACCAAAUCGGCAUUCUCCCCGCCACCGAUGUUCUUCUUGUCUACCACUCUCCCAACAACUCACCCGUCAGUCGUACAAGAUAUGGAAGAUUGGGAAAUUAAUCCACCCAAAUUGAUCUACAGGGACUAUGGGGAUGCGUACUCGGAUUCCCAAUACCACUACGAGGCAGAAAUCAUCCUGGCACCUGAUACUGGGCUUAUUUUGACAACUCCUCAUGAGCUAACACAGCGAUAUCUCCCAGGGCAUGGCCCAAGGGAUAUAGGGCUCAGAGGAAUACACGGGCUUAACUCCCCACUUAGAGAAAAGAUGUUGUGCCUCAUGCGUCGAUAUGCCAUGCUGGUUGUUCUCAUCUGCAAACCCUACACAGCAGACGUCAGCAGAGUUCCAAAUUCCUCCUUGAGAACGGAAAUCACCUCGCUUUCUCAAUUUUGUGACACCGAGGGAUUGUCCGAAACAUUACUGAUACCAAUCGAAAACCACCCAGCAACCAUUGUAUUGUGGUGUUUCGGUAUGGGAAGGCUUCGAUACGAAUUGAUCCCCCCUGAAAUGAUAAAGAAUAUCACAGAAGGGGAGUCGGAAUAUGAAGUCGCACUCCGCCACUUGGGAAUUAAUUCUUUUGCGGCGCGCCUUAUCUUGGAUAACAUUCGCGUUGGUGGUUUCGAUCUAACUCCUCUCUCCUUGCUCUCUCAUGAGACCGUUCCCAACCCCACCACGGAUUCAAGGGCUUUCGAUGUGUUUGUGAAUAUGGAGUCCUUCGCGCGGAAUAUGAAGUACAAGUCUGUUAUUGGCGAGGAGGUGAUUUCCAGGGUAUCGGAAGUGAUCGAAUUAGCAACGCACUUGAUCCUCGAUGAGAGUGAGACUGACAGUGAGGAUAUUUAUGGCACUCAGAUCAGCCUUGAUUAG